UUUCAUAGUCGGUCCGUUCGGAAAGGUUCAUUUAAAAGGGGCACUUGGAGCGCUCGCCUGUGGGCGUUUGUGCGCAAGCGUGGUAAGUUGACAUUACAUGGCGUUUCCUGUCGGGACAAGUUGCCAGAAGGAGGUCCUUCGGUUAUUCCCUGGAAGUUUUUUUUUUUUUUUUUUUUUUUUUUGCGAAACGGUGAUUUUAAACAAGCAUGAAUAGUCCUUCGGAGGCAGUGAGGCUAACAGCAAAUAAAUGUCUGCAGCAACUUUAAUGUCCUGACGCCAUGGAUGUGGGAUUAAUGCUGUAUAACAAUUUGAAGGAUGUGACAUGGAGCGCGACGACGGUACCUUUAGACCGACUGGUCAGUGUUUACAGGCUGCCGCAGAUUGUCCGCCUCGACUGUGGGGAGUUAGUAGAGGGACUUCAAGAGAACGACUACGUUUUAAUUCAUUCGAGUCGGCAAUGGACGACAGUUACUGCCCACAGUCUGGAGGAAGGCCAUUAUGUUAUUGGGCCAAAAAUAGAAAUACCUGUUCAUUAUGAAGGCCAGUUUAAAUUGCUGGAACAGGACCGAGACAUAAAGGAGCCAGUGCAGUACUUCAGCAGUGUGGAAGAAGUUGCAAAAGCAUUUCCUGAACGAGUGUAUGUGAUGGAGGAUAUAACGUUCAAUGUUAAGGUGGCUUCAGGGGAAUGCAAUGAGGAUACUGAAGUUUACAAUAUUACCUUGAGUACUGGAGAUGAGCUCACUUUAAUGGGGCAGGCAGAAAUUCUAUAUGCAAAAACCUCCAAAGAAAAAUCGAGGCUUAAUACAAUAUUCAAGAAGAUUGGAAAACUGAACUCCCUCAGCAAACUUGGGCGUGGUAAGAUGCCCUGCCUAAUCUGCAUGAACCACAGGACCAAUGAAAGCAUCAGUCUACCUUUCCAGUGUAAAGGCAGGUUUAGCACUCGUAGCCCUCUUGAGCUGCAAAUGCAGGAGGGCGAGCAUACAAUUCGCAAUAUUGUCGAAAGGACCCGGCUACCUGUCAACGUCACUGUACCCAGCACCCCACCUCGAAACCAAUAUGACCUUCAUCUCAUCCGGGAAGGUCACCGUUAUAAGCUUGUCAACAUUCAGACUAAAACAGUUGUGGUCUGCUGUGUGCUCCGCAGCAACAAGAUCAUCCCCAUCCACUUCCCCCUCCAUCUGGCAGUGCCUAAGUUCAUCAUUCCAGAGGGACUCCUACAGAAUGAAUUAUGGUUGGACACUAUGGUACAUCGCUGGUUCAGCUUCUGUCAAGAGCAGUUUGACAUAGAUGACUAUUCUCGUGCUGUACGGAAUGUGAGGACAGAUUGGACUGAAGAUGGCAAGAGCCCCAAGAAAAACGGCAGUAAAAAUGGGUCCAGUAGCAGUAAUUGUCAAGCGCAGACCAAUGUUCCCAGCUCUCUUACCUAUGCUCGUGAUGAACUUACUCAGUCAUUUCAUAGACUGUCUGUAUGUGUGUAUGGGAGCAAUCUCCAUGGAAACAGUGAAGUCAAUUUACAGGGAUUUAAGAAUCUGUAUGAAGACUGGACUUUAGUCCCACAUGAUUCUUUGCACUCUGACUCUGUCGACAGCAAUUACCUAUUCCCUGAAUUGGUGGAAGACUCAGGGCCACCUGUCCUCAUAAAAUCAGAUCUUCCAUAUGAAGAGCUAUGGUUAGAUCAAAGUGUAUCUCAGCAGCCUGCACAGUCUGCAUCUAUUAGAAAAAAUGUCAUCUGUGACAGCAGCUGGGGUUGUUUAAACUCCAAAUGUUGUCCAGUUGCUUCUGCACCCUACCCUGCCUCAGGAUCAGUGGCAGUCUCUGAAAUUCAUCUACCUCCACCCCCUCUGCCUCCGAAGUCAGAAGCCGUAAAGGAAGAAUGCAGACUUCUAAAUGCCCCUCCUAUUCCUCCACGAUGCUCCAGGACAACCACAACCAACCAUUCUGUUUCACAUUUAACUACCAAGCACCAGCAGCAACAAACCCGCUGUCCUAGCCCUACCUUGUCAUACUAUUCAUCAGGAUUGCACAGCAUAGGACUUUCUGAAAAAGGCUUUGAACAGUCAGAUGAACAAAACACUGUGUGCUCUCCAUGCAGCUGGAUGAAACCUGUUACACCUGAAGAUGACAAAAUGUCAGCCUUUGGAAGUCAUUCAUCAGAAGCAGUUCUUUUCAGACUCUCUUGGCCAAACAACUUUACUGAAAAGGAUUUUCAGAAGGAUAAUGCCACUUCACCAGUGCUGUGUCAAAGUUACUAUAGCUAUCCUCGGCAAAAAACGUCAAAUACACCCAAGGGAUUUACUUCUGCAUCAUUUGAUGCAGAUGGGAAGGUUACAGACAGGAGGAUUUUGCCCUCAAGAUCUUGUGAAGCUUCUUAUGCACCUCCUUACAGCUGUUCCUUGGAAAUGUAUAGUGGAAAGACCAUAGCCAGUUGUAGCACAAAGCAGAGUUCAUCAUGUCCAAUUUUGCCACCAAGAGUGCCUAAAUCAGUUGAGCAAAAGAAAGAUGUGGACUUUCCUUCAUUGACUGGGACUUCUAAUGAAGUGGAACAUGGAGCGCAGAAUUAUCUAAUGGACAAAGAAGAUAACCACGCAUUUGCCACCAAAGGCAUGAAGGAUGACAUCUCAGUGUCACAUUGCUUUUAUUCCCCUCUGCAGUACCAAAAUGAUCAACAAUCAUGCAGUUCACAGUGGAAGCCACCUAAUAAUCUUUCUGGGCUUUCAAUUGAAGAGGUCUCUAAUUGUCUGAGCUUCAUAGGCCUCCCAGAAGACAUAGUGUCUUUGUUUGUUAGAGAAAAAGUAGAUGGCAGUUUACUUGUACAACUCACAGAGGAUAUUUUAUCUGAAGAUUUUAAACUAAGCAAUCUGCAAGUGAAAAAACUUAUGCAAUUCAUUAGUGGUUGGAGGCCCAAAAUGUAGCAUACAUAAAAUCUGUAUUUGGGAGAACAGACUGACAUUGUCACCGUCUGUUGCACUUAGAAGAAGUUGUAAAUGCAACAGCGCUGGUACAAUGCAGUAGUUGUCAUUGGUGUUUUUUUUAAAUUUGUGUACAGCUAUAAACAGAGGUACUUUGUUAAUUGUGUAUUUCCUAAUAUAUCCUAGACAUCACUAAAUGGUUUUUAACCUGUUGAGGAACAUUGACAGUCUGUUGCUAAACUUGUUCUCAGAAACCUAGAGCCUUACAGAAACCAGUUGUGUGUGUGUGUGUGUGUGUGUGUGUGUGUGUGUGUGUGUGUGUGUGUGUGUGUGUGUGUGUCUAUAUGUAGACAGACAUAAAGUAUACAUACACACCAUUGUCAGAAAAAGUUUGUAAAUCUUUUGGAAUUCUUUGGAUUAUUUGGCUCCUAAAAUGUGAUAUGAUUGUGUGUGUCAUAAUAAUAAAUUCUUAUUUAACAAACUGCACACAACACUUUAUACAUCCAUACCUUUAUUGAACAAGUAGUUUAAACAAUCAAGGUCACUGAUGGAAAAGGAGUCCGUAGGAUUUUGUCAUCUUGAAAAUCCGGGAGUUGCAGUCAGGUGUGCCAAUUUGUUCAGAUGUGGAUUUGACCUGCCCUGCUGUAUUACAAAAAGGAAACCUUGUUUUGAUUGCCUGCUCUUCAUAGCAGAAUUCUGCUGAAGUGCAUUAUAGCCCUUUCAAAAAAGAUUUUGGAGGACUUGGAAGAAAAGAUUGCUGAAGCCCAUAGAACUGGAAAGGGUUACAAAGAAAUUUCUAGACACUUAGCCUCCAUCAGUCUACAGUAGUCCUAAAAGCCCCAUUGCUGUUAUUCCUUGGUGUGGGUGUCCUACAAACCAGUGCAAGGGCUUCUACAAUCCUCAGACAAGUGACAGCACUAGGUUGACAGCUAAGGCUAUGCAGACGCCUCUUGCACUUCAUAAUGCCAGUGUUCUUGGGUCUGUCUUAAGAAAAAAACAACGAGAGUAGUGUUCUUGGGAGGUCAUCAUUUAGGAAACCAGUGCUCCCCAAAAGAUAUUGCUGCCAAGUUUAAAGACCACCAACAUCUUUCACUGUACUGCUGGAAUGUUUUGUGACAGAAGUUGAACACUUUGGCAGAAAUGCAGAGUGCUAUGUUUUGAGGGAAAAGUUAUAUUGUGAUGUUCAAAAAUUUGAACUUACUGUACAUAAUGUAAUGUUUGGUUAAAAAAAAAAAGAUAAUGAAUACCACCAUCAAAACCUCAUCUCACCUGUGAAGCGUGGUAGAGGGAGUAUAAUGGUGUGGGGCUCCUUUAGCACCUCAGGGCCUGGAUAGUUUGCAAUCAUUGAGGGACCUAUGAUUUCCAAAUUGAAUCAAAAUUAUACAGAAUGUCACGAUGAUCUGUCUGUCACCUAAAACUCAAAAGAAGUUGGAUCAUACGAUGUGUCAGUGAUCCAAAACACAGGAGUAAAUCAACAACAGAGUGACUCAAAUAGAAGAAAGUCUGUAUUUUAGAAUGGCCAAGUCAGUGUACUGACCUCAGUACCGUUAAAAUACCGUGGUGUGAUCUGAAGCAGGCAGUUCAAGCAAGACAUCUCAAAAAAUAUACAGGAACUGAAACAGUUUUACACCAAAGAAUGGACCAAAACACCUUCUAACCUCUGUGCAGCUCGGAUCAGCAGCUAUAUAGAGCAUUUGAUUGAGAUUAUUCCCAAUAAUUGAGGUUUCACUAAAUAUAAGCAUUCACAUACUCCUCCCCCCCCCCCCAGUCAAUGACUGUGAUUGUUUAAAUCAUUUCUUCAGUAAAGAUACAAAAAAUGUAAACUUGUGUUUCUUAAAUAACCAUCUUUAUUUAAUAUCACGGUUUAGAUGAUCAGAUUUCAUUUUUUUGGAGACAUUCAUGCAUAAAUCCAGCUGAUUCUAAGGGGUUCACAAAAUUUUUCUCACAUUUAUGUGUGUA